AUGGCAAAGCUUCUAUUAGUUUAUGUCAUAUUAGUAAUUCUUGCAAUUGCAUACUCAGGUUCAGCCACUAACUACCUGGUGGGUGAUAAUUCUGGCUGGGAUAUUAGUACUGAUCUUGAUACAUGGUUAUUAGGAAAAAGAUUCAUCGUUGGUGAUGUUCUUGUGUUCCAAUUCUCAAAUUACCAUAGCGUGUAUGAGGUAACGAAGGAGACUUUUGAUAGGUGCAACACAACAAAUGCACUAAAAUCGAGCAGUAAAGGCAAUACAACUUUUCCAUUAACAAAGCCGAGGGACAAUUAUUUUGUUUGUGGGAACAGAUUACAUUGCCUUGGAGGAAUGAAACUUCAUGUAAAUGUUGCAGAAAAUGGAGUUGCUUCUCCAACUGCAGCACCAGCACCUCAGACCAGGGUCUCUUUUCCUACACCUUCAGCUUCCAAGAGAAAUAAUAACCCUUCUGCUGUUGUUCCUAGUUCUACUACUAAUUUGUCUAACCAUGUUGGUUUAAGUAGUUCUCUACUUUUAGUAACCCUUGGAAUCUUGUCCUUGCUAUUUUGGUUCAUGUGAAUAUGAGGAUUUUCACAGUUUAAGAGGGUAUGUUUUGGUUUGUUUACUUGUUGGGUUUUUACUCUGAGCAUUUAAUUUGUUAACUGUACUUUUCUUCAAUGCAGUCCUUUGAGGAUGCAUGCUAUGUUUUCAAUUAUUUCGCCUAGAAUUGAAGAUUAUGUUAUAUGAGAAAGAUGUAUACGUUCUCGUGGAUUGCAAAGGACAAUUAUGAGACGUAAUUUUAUACCUUCCGAUUUGGAGAUC